CGCUUCUAAAUCUCGAUCAAAUUCAUAUGAAAAUAAGUUUUUUAUUUUCUUAUCAGUACAAUCACUACUUGUGAUAAUACGUGAAAUUAAAAAAUCCAAAAUUUUUGUACAAUUUGGAAAUAAAAUUAGUAAAAUUAUUCAGUGUAAUCAAGUAUUUAAUACAAGUUUUUGCAAAAGUCGUGAGCAAAACUAUUGAUAAAGUGAAGGUUAUAGAACAAAAUUAGAUCAAACACUUUUGCUGCUGAAGUUGAGGUUUAUCUUUGCACGAAUAAUAUAUAUUCUACAAUGAAAUCUGUAAAGGUUGUGAAAAGUAUUAUUGUGUUAACUGUUCCUUGCCUUAUUGGAAUUUCUGUAGCAUUUACAUGGGAUCAUGGAGUGAAAACGAAAAAACCACACAUCAUUUUUAUAAUGGCCGACGAUCUUGGGUGGAACGAUGUGAGUUUCCAUGGGGCUGAUCAGAUUCCAACUCCAAAUAUUGAUGCUCUUGCUUACAAUGGUAUAAUUUUGAAUAGAUAUUACGUUCAACCAACUUGUACGCCAUCAAGGACAGCUUUUCUUACCGGGCGUUAUCCCAUCAGAACGGGAAUGCAGGGUUAUCCACUAAAGGCUGCAGAACCUCGGGGAAUACCCUUAAAUGAAACAUUGUUACCAGCCCAUUUAAAAAAAUUAGGAUACGUUACACGUCUCCUUGGUAAAUGGCAUACAGGUUAUUAUACUAAAGAACAUACGCCUGCUAAUCGAGGAUUUGAUUCGUUUUUCGGAUAUUAUAAUGGCAUGAUUCAGUACUUUAAUCACACGUACAUUCAAGAUAAAAUUAACAGAACUGGAUACGAUUUACAUCGAGAUGUACCAAAUCACUUGAAUGUUGAUUAUACUCCUGGAUAUUUCACGGAUAUUUUAUCAAAUGAGGCUGAAGAAAUAAUUAAUAAACAUGAUCCUGAAACUCCUUUAUUCCUUGAGAUUGCCCAUCUUGCGCCACAUUGUAGCGAUGCAGUAGAUCCACUCGAAGUUAGAGAUUUGAAGGAAAUUGACUCGAAGUUUGGAUAUAUUCAGAAUCCCAAACGAAGAAAAUUUGCAGGAAUGAUGACAGCUCUUGAUGAAUCCGUAGGCCGUACAGUGUCUGCUUUAAAAAAGGCAAAAAUGCUCGAAAACUCGAUUAUUGUUUUUGCUUCUGAUAAUGGUGCGCAAAGUGAAGGAUUUUUAGAGAAUGCUGGCUCAAAUUAUCCGUUGAGAGGGCUCAAGUUCAGUGUCUACGAAGGGGGUAUUAGAGCAGUUGCAUGCGUGUAUUCUCCGCUAAUAAAAAAACGUUCGCGACUAUCGAAUAUUUUUAUGCACGUAACUGACUGGUUACCAACAUUUUAUUCUGCUGCCGGUGGCAGUGUUGCUAAUCUUGGAGAAAUAGAUGGUGUGGACCAGUGGUCGAAAAUUCGAAAUGAUAAAGAAAGUAACAGAAAAUUUUUACUUGUCAAUAUUGACGACAAGGAAAAUACUGAAGCUGCUAUUUAUGAAGACUUUAAGAUCGUCAUACAAGCCCCAGAACUUAAUGGCAAUUAUUAUGGGGAGUCAGGAAAUAAUGAAUUGUAUCCAAAGUACAACAUCACGAGGGUUCUCAAUUCUUUAACGAAUUUAGCCAUAAAUGAAAAUGAUAUUUUCCCGCUUUCGUCGAAAACAGUGAAGGUACUUCGAUCCGUGAGCGAAUUAAGCUGUAAGGAAUUGACUCAAUUCGCCAAUUGUUCUCAGUUAUGUUUAUUUAAUAUUCAAAUCGAUCCUUGUGAAACUCUGGAUCUAUCAUCAAAGUAUCCAAAUAUCGUAAAAUUUCUGGAAAAUAAACUGGACGAUUAUAGACACGUUUUAAAGGACCAAACAAAUGCUCCAUUUGAUCCUGCAGGCAAUCCAGAAAAUUUUAAUGGCACCUGGAUGCCCUGGAGAUCGAAUGACGAAAAUAAAUAGGACUGGAUUUUUAAAUUUUCGAAAUAUUCAUUUUGAUAGUACAGUAGAAGUCCGAUAACUUGCACGUAGAGCACGCACACUAAUUGUGGUUCUCCCAAUACGUGCGCU